AUGUCUGCAAUCACCUCCCAGAUUCACUGUUGCAUGCUUUUGACUCCCUGCGGACUCCCGCUAACCAACUUCAAGUCUAUACUGGAGCUGGUCAAUGUUUUUCAUGACCUUGUUGUUGCCCACAAAACAAUGACGACACAGCAGAAGGUUCUUCAUGGAGAUCUCAGUCCCAACAACCUCAUCAUAUUCGAGGGAAAAUGCUACUUUAUCGACUUCGACCAUGCCAAAUUCAUUCAAUUUAUCAAUCAAACAAAGGAUUCAUGUGGAACAGGAACAAUACCAUACAUAUCCUACCGCCUUCUCAAGCUGAUGGGAAGCACUCCAAUUCCUGACUCAAUCGAACACAAGGCCUCCGAUGACCUUGAGUCACUCUUCUAUAUUCUCCUUGAAUUUACAAUCAUAUAUGAUGGACCUGGUGGCCUAAUCACAAACAGGGGGGUGCCCCCUGAGAACUCCUGUAGAUGGCAUAAGGCCUACAUUGCGAUGGACAAAGAUGGUCUCAGGACUAGUGGAUCCCUCAAGAAAGAAUUUCUGAUGGACACAGCUCCACAUUACGAGCCUGCACCAUAUUUCUGA